AUGGUUUCUUUCUUUGCCUAUUUUCUUUUUCCCCUGUUAAUAUCUCUUUCGCUUUCUCUCCCUCUCUCUAUCACUCUGUUUCUUUCUUUCUCUCUCUCUCUAUCACUCUCUCUGUUUUUUCUCUCUCUCCCCCCCUCUCUCUCUCUCUCACUCUGUUUCUUUCUUUCUCUCUCUCUCUCUCUGUUUUUUCUCUCUCUCCCCCUCUCUCUCUCUCUCCUCUGUUUCUUUCUUUUCUCUCUCUCUAUCUCUCUCUCUUUUUUCUCUCUCCCCCUCUCUCUCUCCUCUGUUUCUUUCUUUCUCUCUCUGUUUUUUUCUCUCUCCCCCUCUCUCUCUCUCACUCUGUUUCUUUCUUUCUCUCUCUCUAUCACUCUCUCUGUUUUUUUCUCUCUCUCUCUCUCUCACUCUGUUUCUUUCUUUCUCUCUCUCUCUCUCUGUUUUUUCUCUCUCCCCCCCUCUCUCUCUCUCACUCUUACUUCAUCGUACUAA